AUGGGUAUCAAGAACCUCUUCUCCAUCAUCAAAGAUGAGGCACCAGAUGCCAUCAAGGAGGGCGAGAUCAAGAACCAAUUCGGACGGAAGAUUGCGAUUGUAAGGGUCGAAUGCUCCAUGAGCAUCUACAGCUUCCUCAUCGCGGUACGAUCGGAUGGCAACCAACUCAUGAGCGAAGACGGAAGCACGACCUCCCAUCUAAUGGGCCUCUUUUACCGCACGCUACGAAUGGUCGAUAACGGGAUCAAGCCGCUCUACGUCUUCGACGGCGCCCCACCGAAACUCAAAUCCGGCGAACUUGCGAAACGGUUCCAGCGUAAACAGGAGGCGACUGAAGACCUCGAAGAGGCAAAGGAGACGGGUACGGCUGAGGAUGUCGAGAAGUUCUCGCGUCGGACGGUGCGCGUAACCCGGGAGCAUAACGCGGAAUGCCAGCAGCUGCUUAAGCUGAUGGGUAUUCCGUACAUUGUCGCGCCUACUGAGGCUGAGGCCCAGUGCGCGGCUCUGGCGCGUGCCGGCAAGGUGUAUGCGGCGGCGAGCGAGGAUAUGGAUACACUGUGCUUUGACACUCCCAUCUUGAUCCGGCAUCUUACCUUCAGCGAGCAGCGCAAGCUGCCGAUUCAGGAGGUGCAUCUGGACAAGGUGAUGGAGGGUUUGGGGAUGGAGAAGAAACAGUUUGUCGACCUCUGCAUUCUUCUCGGAUGCGAUUACCUCGACCAGAUCCCCAAAGUCGGCCCAUCCACGGCCCUCAAGCUGAUCCGUGAGCACGGCACGCUCGAAAAAGUUGUCGAAUUCAUGAAGAACGACCCCAAAGAGCGAUACGUGGUCCCCGACGAUUGGCCAUUUGAAGAUGCGCGCGAUCUCUUUUUCUCGCCGGAUGUACGGCCGGCCACUGAUCCGCUGUGCGAGUUUAAGUGGGACAAGCCCGAUAUUGAGGGACUAGUUAAAUUUUUGGUUCACGACAAAGGCUUCUCAGAAGACCGAGUGCGAUCUGCUGGGGCGCGGCUGGAAAAGAACCUCAAGGGCUCACAGCAGUCGCGGAUUGAGGGAUUCUUCAAGGUCGUCCCGAAGACAGAGCAAGAGAAGGUGGCACAUAAGCGCAAAUUGGAGGAACAAAAUGAGGCCAAGAAGAAGAAGCUGAAGGAGGAGAAAAAAGAGAAGGCGAAGGCGAAGGCGAAGCCACGGGGUGCCGCAUAA